CCUUCUCUUCCGCGCUCCUUCCUAAUUCCCCCGUGUUUACGCUCUCCUUUUGAACUUCUUCUUUCGAUCGAUCCAACCGCGACCCCCCCACCCCUCCUCUCUGUCAUCGAGCAGCGACAUGAAGAACAUGAAACCGCCGCUCCUGCUGUUCAUCGUCGUCUCCGUCUGGCUCGAAGCGCUCACGGUCUCGGUCACCGGCGACAACGUUGGCGCUUACCUGCCGACCGAUGAUAUCGCCGUCGACUGCGGCUCCUCCAGCAACUCCCCCGCGGUCAAACGGACUUGGAUUGGAGAUGCCGAGGAAGGUUCGAGGUACUCUCCGAUUGAGAAAACUCGCUCCUCUAUCAUUGCAAACGCAGACAGUCCACAUCCCUCUGUCCUCCAGGUACCAUACUACACUGCUCGCCUCUCCCGCUCCGAGUUCGCCUACACCUUCCACGUCACCGCAGGGCCCAAAUUCGUUCGCCUCCACUUCUUCCCUUCCGAUUACCUCAACUUCAGCCGCACCGAUUCCUUUUUCUCGGUCGAGGCCGGUCGCUACAUUCUGCUCCGCAACUUCAGCGCUUCCCUCUUUGCUGAUUAUACCCGCUCCCCGAGCUUCUCUAAAGAGUUCUGCUUAACUGUCGGAGACGACCAGAUAUUGAACAUAACGUUUGCUCCCACUCCUGGUAAUUCAGACGCGUAUGCUUUCGUGAAUGGAAUCGAAGUCGUUUCCAUGCCUGCGCGUCUCUACUACAACUCGGUCGUCGACCCAACCGAGGGAAUCAAGUUGGCAGGUCAGAUGUCGCUAUACACCUUCCGUACCACAGAUGCCCUCGCAAUGGUGAAGCGCUUGAACGUCGGAGGAAAUUCUAUUGAUUCAGCCGGUGACACGGGAAUGUACAGGACCUGGGACCCAGAUGACGACUAUGUGAUUACUUACGGCAACGCGGUUGUACCUGUUAACACAACUAUCCAACUCAAUUACAGUGACCAAGUGCCAAAUUACACGGCUCCAGAUAGCGUGUACACAACAGCAAGGACUAUGGGGACGGACAAAACAAUCAAUCUGAGCUACAACCUCACGUGGUCCAUCGAGGUGGAUACAAACUUCUACUACUUGGUCCGGUUACACUUCUGCGAGUUCCAGAUAGAGAUAAAUAACCCCUAUGAUAGGCUUUUCGAGAUCUUCGUAGAUUCACAACUGGUGGAGGAUCAUGCGGAUAUCAUUAGUUGGAGCGGGAAGGGCGUGCCCGUCUAUAGAGAUUAUGCAGUAUACAUGCAUGACGGCCAAAAGAAAACAAGCAACCUCUCCGUGGCGGUGGGUGCGCUUCCAGAAGGUUCUACUCUUUACUCUGAUGGCAUCUUGAAUGGCCUCGAGAUAUUCAAGAUCAACAAUCCAGACGGGAAUCUCGCCGGGUUGAACCCAGAUCCAGCCCCAGUCCAAGAUAAUCGGCCGGUUCCUCCACCGGCAAGCAAAGCAUCAUCGAACCACAGCAAAACAGCAAAGAUCGCCAUCGUUGCCGGCGUAGCUUCGGUCUUCGCGGUGCUCUCACUCCUGGCUUUCUUCCUUUACCGGCGACGAAACAGAGCAAAGGAUUCGACCUCGAGCGACGGCACCUCAUGGUGGGGCCCGGUCUCCUUUGCGACGACCAAGUCAACGAAGACCCAGGCAUCGUACCUGCCGUCGGAUCGGUGCCGCCACUUCUCGCUGGCCGAGAUCAGAGCGGCCACGAACGACUUCGACGAGGUGUUUGUUGUCGGCGUGGGCGGGUUCGGCAAUGUGUACAAGGGCUAUGUCGACGGGGGCGCCACCCAAGUGGCGAUCAAGCGGCUGAACCCGGGGUCGCAGCAGGGCCUCCACGAGUUCUUGACCGAGAUCGAGAUGCUCUCGGAGCUCCGGCACCUUCACCUGGUCUCCCUGAUCGGGUUCUGCAACGAUGCGGGAGAGAUGAUCCUGGUGUACGACUACAUGGCGCGCGGGACUCUCCGCGACCAUCUCUACAACACCGACAAUCCCCCACUCCCCUGGAAGCAGCGGCUCCAGAUCUGCACCGGCGCCGCGCGCGGGCUGCACUACCUCCACACCGGUGCCAAGCACACCAUCAUUCACCGCGACAUGAAGACCACCAACAUCCUGCUCGAUGAGAAGUGGGUCGCCAAGGUGUCCGACUUCGGGCUCUCGAAGGUCGGGCCCACGAGCGUGUCCAAGGCCCACGUCAGCACGGUCGUGAAGGGCACCUUCGGGUACCUGGACCCGGAGUACUACAGGCGCCAGCAGCUGACUGACAAGUCCGACGUGUACUCCUUCGGGGUGGUGCUGUUCGAGGUGCUGUGUGCGAGGCCCGCGGUGAAUCGGACGGCCCAGAAGAAGCAGAUCAGCCUAGCCGCCUGGGCCCAGAGCUGCUGCAAGAGUGGCGACAUCGAGAAGAUCGUGGACCCGCACCUGAAGGGGGCGAUCGCCCCCGAGUGCCUCAAUAAGUUCUGCGAGAUCGCCAUGAGCUGCUUGCAGGAGGAGGGGGCCAAGCGGCCAUCCAUGAACGACGUUGUGUGGAGCCUUGAGUUCGUGCUGCAGCUACAGAUGAGCGCGGAGCAGGAGGUGAUAGACCAUGUGGGUGCGUCCGUGCACGACGGCGAUGAGAGCGACGGUGAGGCAGCUCCGAUCAGAGGCAACGUGACAAACGGCAGCGGUGAGGUGUUCAGCAGUAGCAAUAGUAGGGUGGCUGCGACAACGACCAGUAGCGAUGAUAUUUAUGAUCAGAGUACGACUAGUUAUGAUUCGGAGAAGUUGCUGCCUGGGGCUGUCUUCUCUGAGAUUAUGAAUCCCCAAGCUCGUUGAGAGAAGGGCAUUCAAGUUCGACUGUUGCUGUUCUUUCUUGAAGUUAGUCACGGCAAGGUUUUGCUACGAAA